UUGCAUAGAUUAUCAAGCAAUCAAGAAGCCACUAAAAAUAUCUGGAGUUGCUGAGCACACCUUUGCGCAUAGGUGUCUGGGUGUGGGUGGCUGGAUUCUUUGGGUUCUAUACUGUUCUGGGGGUGUAGCUGUAGUUUAUUUUCUAUUACUUUGGGUGUAAUUAGAGUAGGUUCUUUUUGUAUUUAUCCUGAAAAUGACGGCUCAGGUAGACUACCUGGCGGUGUUGUUCACCACCACAUCUGGCGCGAGCGGAGACCUCUUGGGUUCGGACGAGACGGAGCUCGAGCAGUUGGUGUGGCAGCUCGUGGACUUGAAGAACAAAAAGUUGGGAAAGGUGAAUGAGGUGUUAAUACGGCCUGAGCACUCGGACCUUACAGAAGAUUGUCUGGGGGAGAGAGAGGACAGCGAGGAGUCUGUCUCUACAGUCACAGGCUUGGAGCACGCGCUAAACCAGUUCCAUCUGAGAUUGACCAAUGAGGUGAACAGCUUGGGCGGGGGCACGUCAGUGUGUGUGUGUACGGACGGGCAGCUCCACAUUCGCCAGGUUCUCCACCCCGAAGCUGCGGGCAAGAACCUGGCACUGCCAGAAUGUUUCAACUCCUUUUUUGACCUGAAGAAAGAGUUCAGGAAGCACUUCCCCUCUGCAGACACCAAGAGCCUGGAGGUGCAGUACAUGGCAGAAUCUCUCAGUGUAACUGUGGAGCCAGUAGCCAUAUUGGAGCCGCCGGCCGUACUGGAUCCAACGGCUGUGUUGGAUCCGACGGCCAUGUUGUCACCGGUCACAUCAGCACUGCAGGUCCAGACCAUGGCCAACAUCGUCCUAGCCCUGCUAUUGGAACCCUUAUGUCACACAUUCUCAAACCCAGAGAGAGUCACUGAGAAGUUUGAAAGCGGCACUUGCAGUAAGAUGGAGCGUGUGUGUGACAACACAGUGAUCAGAGCAAGGGGGUUGCCGUGGCAGUCAUCUGACCAGGACAUCGCUCGCUUCUUCAGAGGACUCAACAUUGCCAAAGGUGGUGCUGCGUUGUGUCUGAACGCCCAGGGUCGGAGGAACGGAGAGGCUAUGGUCCGCUUCAUCAGUGAAGAGCACAGAGACAUGGCCCUGCAGAGACACAAACACCACAUGGGCAACAGAUACAUAGAGGUGUACAAGGCAACAGGAGAGGACUUCCUUAAGAUAGCAGGCGGUACCUCCAGUGAGGUGGCGUUGUUUCUGUCUCGUGAGGACCAGGUGAUUGUCAGGAUGAGAGGUCUUCCCUUCACCGCCACACCUGACCAGGUGCUGGCCUUCUUCUCCCAGGGGGAGGGGCCUAAAGAGGCGUGUCCUGUCAGUGGUGACAAGGAUGGCAUCCUAUUUGUGCGUUUCCCUGAUGGAAGGCCGACAGGCGACGCCUUUGUCCUAUUCGCCAGUGAGGAGCAUGCUCAGUGCGCUCUCAGGAAGCACAAAGACAUCCUGGGAAAGAGAUACAUUGAGCUGUUCAAGAGCACCGCCGCUGAGGUGCAACAGGUGUUGAACAGGUACUCGUCAGCCCCUCUGAUCCCCGUGGCUCCAGCCCCCCUGGUGUCAAUGUUGCCCUCUGUGUCUCUGUUGCCCUCUCCUGGUGGCGUGAGGGACUGCCUCAGGCUGAGGGGGCUGCCCUACACCGCCACCAUAGAGGACAUACUGGCCUUCCUAGGAGAAUACACACACGACAUCAGACCACACGGAGUACACAUGGUGGUCAACCAACAGGGUCGUCCGUCAGGGGACUGUUUCAUCCAGAUGCGUUCAGCGGAGCGGGCUUUCUCUGCCUCUCAGCGGGUCCACAAGCAGGUGAUGUCUGGUCCGGGCCAGGCUGGCAAGCGAGGGGUUAACAGCCGCUAUGUGGAGGUGUUCCCAUGUAGCGCUGAAGAGAUGGGUCUGGUGUUGAUGGGAGGCUCCCUCUCACACACACACAUUCACACACACACCCGGACCAGGAAUGGGACAGGGCUCAGCCCGCCGCCAUGUAAGUCCAGACGUCUGUCUCCUCCCUCCUACUCCUUCCCACCCGUCCCUUCCAUCCUGCCAGCUGAGGCUGCCGGCCUCUUCCCUCCCAUUGGGCAGGUGCUGCUGAGUCCCCGCCCCCUAGGACCUGGACACACCUACUACCCAGCUAGCACUCAGCUCUACAUGAACUACACUGCAUACUAUCCCAGUCCCCCAGGUUCUCCCAACACUAUAGGGUACUACCCCUCCCCCACCCCCCUGCCCUCCCCUGGGGGAGUGGUCCGUAUGCAUGGCCUCGCCUAUAAAGAACUGCUCAACACCAUUCAGGGAUACCAGAGUCCUAUGGAGGCAUUGCCUGUACUGAGCAGUAUGAUUGGUCAGUCCAGCAGCGGUGAUGCUCUGAUGCCCUUCCCCCCUCUCCUGACCAAGCAGGGACGGCACUACCUGGACCUAAACAUGCUGUAGAAGGCUCAAAGAUCCACACACACUGACACUCACUACCCACAGACUAUACCAGGGGUGUCAAACUCAUUUUACCCCAAGGGCCGCAGUGGGGUUUCACCCAGAUCUGGAGGGCCACAUUGGGGUUUCACCCAGAUCUGGAGGGCCACAGUGGGGUUUCACCCAGAUCUGGAGGGCCACAGUGGGGUUUCACCCAGAUCUGGAGGGCCACAGUGGGGUUUCACCCAGAUCUGGAGAGCCACAGUGGGGUUUCACCCAGAUCUGGAGGGCCACAGUGGGGUUUCACCCAGAUCUGGAGGGCCACAGUGGGGUUUCACCCAGAUCUGGAGAGCCACAGUGGGGUUUCACCCAGAUCUGGAGGGCCACAGUGGGGUUUCACCCAGAUCUGGAGGGCCACAGUGAAAAGUGGUUAUAUUUCCUUUUUUUAUAUAUAUAUAAGACAUGGCUCUCUAUAUUAAACUGUGCCGAAAGUUUGACACUCCUGCACCACAAUAUCACACAACACACACAUGCAUGCACCCCCCCCCCCUCCCCCUCCAACGGACAUGUGGGGGAAUGUCCUGGCCACCAGCUCUGAUCUGUGUUCCCUGUCUGAGUUUUGUGGUAUAUACAGUGUAUAUGCAUGAGAGCAGAAAUGUAUUUUAUAUCAGAGCUUUGCCUCAGCCAAACAGCAGCUCUGUCUUUAUAUUGCACAUAGUAUUUUUAAAAAGCUUUCUAGAGACGUUCUAAGAUGUUACGUCUGUUAGAAGUAGAGCUGCGUUUAGUACUAAUUAUUGAUCUGAACUUUUCUUCAUGACUUGCAUACAUUUGUGUAUGUGUGUAAGUGCUUGUGAAUGCGUGUGUGUGUGUGUGUGUGUGUGGA